AUUGAAACAACGAAACAAAACGAAACAAUUCUACGAAAAAACGCCGUCGUCUCCGGUGCGUGGCUUUGCAAUUUCUUCUUACUUCUACUUAUUUUAACUCUUCUUCAACCUUUCCCGCUCGUUAUCUUCUACUCGUACCGAUAGGCUGGCCUGUUGCGACGACUUCAUAAUUCAUAUAGCUGCAUAAUUCGAAAUGUCAACUGUCGAUCUAAGCACUCGCAAGAGGGUGCUCAAGGUCAUCUUCGUGUCAUUACUUUUGGAUUUGAUCUCUUUCACAUUUAUUCUUCCUCUCUUCCCAAAACUCCUCGAGUUCUACCGAAAUAGUGAGGCCGGCUCAGACUCACAGUCGACACUACUUGCGCGAAUCCUCGACGGUCUAAAUACCUACAAAUCUGCUUUCGCAAAACCAAUCGAUUCGAGAUAUGAUAUUGUCCUGUUAGGGGGAGCCCUAGGGAGCUUGUUCUCUCUGCUUCAGGCCAUUGCAUCCCCUGUCAUCGGGCAAUUAUCCGAUAAAUAUGGUAGAAGAACGGCGCUUCUUUCCAGUAUGGCAGGAAACAUAAUAUCUGUCCUUCUCUGGGUGAUGGCUGUUGAUUUCAGGACCUUCCUCGCAUCGCGCAUUGUCGGCGGGUUAUCAGAGGGUAAUGUUCAGCUCGCGACAGCCAUUGCGACCGACAUUUCGGACGAAAACAACCGCGGCUCGACUAUGGCGUUAAUAGGCGCCUGCUUCUCCAUCGCCUUUACCUUCGGUCCAGCCCUCGGCGCAUACCUGAGCUCCAUUGCGACAGUGGCCGCAAAUCCCUUUGCAACAGCUGCCGGUGUCUCCCUAACCCUGAUCGUUAUCGAGACGAUCUACUUGUACAUCUCGCUACCCGAGACGCUACCAAACAAGCAGGGAAAUAAAACAGCGAAAGCGACCACGAAGCCUGCUGCAGUGACGCGUACUAACUCUCACUUCUUAUUAAAUCUGGUACACUUCAGCUUUUUGCUCUUCUUCUCGGGAAUGGAAUUUUCCCUGCCGUUCAUGACAUACGACCUUUUCCAGUAUAACUCGGCCCAAAACGGACGGCUACUAGGCUAUGUGGGUCUAAUUGCCUCGAUCCUUCAGGGCGGAGUCACCCGUCGCUUACCUCCUCUCCUCACCGUGCGAAUUGGUGUCAGCGCAUGUUUACUUGCUUUUGCAAUGCUCGGGCGCAUCGGCUCCAUCGGCUCGCUAUACCUUGCCGCCACCUGCCUAGCUACUACCUCAGCCACAGUCGUCAGCGGUCUAAACACACUCAGUAGUUUUGAAGCUAGCGAGGGCGAACGUGGUGGUAAGUUGGGUAUUCUUCGGAGCUGGGGCCAGCUAGGUCGAGGAUUAGGGCCAAUUCUGUUUACCAGCGUGUACUGGUGGGCUGGAAGAGAGGUUGCGUAUGGUGCAGGUGCGGCGGGUAUUUUGGGUGUUACGUUAUUGGUCUUUGCCGGGCUGAAAUCACCGCCCGGGUCGGUGAAGGCAGCAAAGAAAGGCAGGACGGAGAAGAAAGAAUUGUAAAAACUGUAAGAUAAGAUGGAUGUUCGAAUAGAUGAUAAUGUGGAAAUCGGAAUAUAGAAAGGUUACUACUGGUUUUA